GUCCCCUCUUCCAUGUGUGGUAAAUCCGUAAUGAGCAAGGAGGCUGUUUUUUGCUUUGCUUGCUUUCCGUCGAGCCUUUCUUGAUUGGCAAAGAGGCGGUGGCCACUUUCUAGAACCUAGUCUGGUAUUUGCACGAAAUAAGCUCUCAACUGUGUGGUUUUUUUUUGUCUCCUUCACCACAGUUCUUUGUGGAUUCCUUCUCUACAAUCCUGUCACCAGAUUCAUUCUCUACCUCCACGCUCCUUCUGCUCGCGCCUCAGCUUUGGAUGAGCCCCUCUUCGUGACCGCCGCGGAGUGAAGGGUAAUCAACUGCAGUCACUCGUUUCCAGUCAUAAUCGACCGGCUCUUUCUUUCUUCUCAUUUGCAAUUAAUUUUACUUCUCUUUUUGCCCUCUCUAGCAGUUCUUCACACUAUUUUUUCAUUUUUUUUUUCUUAUGGCCUUUUGAUUAAAUUAGCUCGUUUGCGACGCACUGCCCAUUCUGCACGCCGCAGCCAACCAGCAGUCCCGUAGCUAUUGGUCCCUGCCUUCAUCCCAUUUGCAGUGUAACGUGGGCGUCUGGUACCUUUCUUUGCGACAAAGCGUCCAAGCUUGCUCGCCGUUCCUUUCCCGCUCGGUCUAGCCAGAGGAAGAAAAGAAAAAAAAAAAAACAGAAAGGGGAUCAGAAUAAUCUGAGACGACAAACCAAAGAAUAAGAGACAACCAUCCAGUCCCGUCUGUCGCAAAACCCACCCGGGACCGCUCCAUUGCAGCCAAUUUCCUUUAUCCAGCCUAACCUCACUGCCGUCAGCCUGAGUCGCGCGUGUCACGCCAAAGAAUUUCAAUUGCACCCCGUUCCUGGAUCGAUCGAGCCAACCAAUUCACAGUUUGAUGGACCUGACGGAACGCUGGACCCGUCAAUCGAUCGCACACAGCAACCGCUGAGCACAACACAUUCUCUCCAUUCCACAGCAAACGACGCCUAGAUUCCACCGCUUGCAUAGUCGGCUGCGCGGUAAUCACAUCUGCUUGCUACUGUUGUUUAACAAUACUUGGAUUCGUCAAGCACGACAAGUAUCGAGCGCAUUAACCAACCAACCGACCGACCGACCGACCGACCCGACCCACGCUCGUUUUAACCCUCGACGACUCGCGCUUGAACGCACAUCACCCGGCCACGCUCACGGACCGAAACCACGUCAACGAGCACUAGACAAAAUUCAACACUCGUGCACGCUUGCGGCUUUCUGAUCGGGACUUCAUUCGUCGGUGCCAUAGCUCUUUUUCGCCGUUCUCCUCACAUGGCUUUCUCAUAGCCUUACCUCAUGAUCCGUGCAUUUUUUUGCCGUCACUCAAAGUUCUACCGGGGACGACGGCCACACGACGCACCGAUCGUUUGAGGUAGGCUACAGCUGCCUGGCAAGAUAGUCUCGAGAUGAGACCUCUCUGUCGGCGGCGUUCUGCGCGUCGAAAACAGAUGCCCGACUCUUUCUCUUCUCUUCUCACAUUAUGCGCGCUCGCGUCAAUACCGACAGCAAACGCCUUUGACUUCAAACCGGCCCCCGAGGCCAAUCUAGAUCUCUCACAGUUGGGCCGUGUUGGCCUCGCAGGUGACUUUUCAGGACUGUCCCUCUACCAGUACGAGGGGCAAUCAGAAAGCCAGUUUAAUGCAAAUGGAAGCGAGUCGCUACUCGCGCGGGCGCCCAACGGAGCGCUCGCCACCGUGGUCGGCACGGAUGCGUCGAUCAACGCCAUGUGUGCAUAUGUUUUAAGCAAUGGAGAUCUGGCCGGAGUGGUACUGGGCGGAAACUUCACUAGCAUCGGCACCCAAAAGUCGCCAGCGAUUGCAAUUUUCAACCCGAAUACUUCAGAGGCUACACCUUUGCCUGGGCUCGAAGGCCGUGUCGACGCCGUUUUGUGCGAUCAAGAAUCUAGCACAAUUUACGUUGGGGGUACUUUCCGGGGUAACAGCUCGACGAACGCCAUUACUUGGAAGAACAACCAGUGGACCGACCUUCCUUUCGGUGGGUUUAACGGCCAGGUUCGUUCCAUCUCCAAAGCCUCAAACGGGCACAUAAUUUUCGGCGGAGAAUUCACAGGGCUGGGGAAUGGUAGCCUCCCUAGUCACCCUGACGGACAGGCUAUCAAUAUCGACAAGUCUACCAUCACAGCCGGCUCCUCGUCUUCGACCAACGGUUUCAGUGAUCCCAGGAAUAUUGUUUGCAAGGCGCCCGGAGCCACUGGCGCCGGUAACACUUGGUUACUCCAAGACAACACGCCAGGCUUUUGGCAGGCAAGCUUUAAGUUUGGCUUCCAGCCCACAAAGCUCCGUCUACGCAACACCCACCAGGAUGGCCGCGGCACGAGGACAUGGCGCUUUACUGCCCAACCGAUUAAUGGCAUCAUGAACUUUACAUACAUAGACCCGGCAACCGGACGGAAUGCAUCCUGCACCAGCGAGUGUCCACUCAGCGACGACACCAACCUCCCGUUCCAGGACUUCCACUUUGUCAACGUGAUUGGUAUGAACGGUUUCCGCAUUGACAUUUCUCAGUUCUACGGAAGUGGCGGUGGACUCGAUGGGAUCGAACUCUUCCAAGAUGAUAUCUUCACCUACGCCAUCAAUGACUUCAACGAGCCGUCUUGUGCUGGAGCUACCAAGCCUGCGUCGGUGACCGCCACUGGUCCAUUUUCAGUUUCGGCGUCUCUACAGAGUCAGUCUCAAUAUCUAUCCGCACGGAUCGCAAGUCCGGUCACAUCCGACUCUGCGUCCGUUGUCUUCUCUCCGGACAUUCGCAGCUCGGGUGACUUCUCUGUCAACAUGUACACACCAGGUUGCAUACCUGAUAACACCUGUGAUACCAGAGGCCAGGUCAACGUGACUAUCAACCCUCGGCCAGGUGUCACGCAGUCAGUUCAACUAUUCCAGACCAACAACUUCGAAAAAUAUGACCAGAUAUUCUUUGGUCAGAUGCAAACUACCGGUUCCUUCCGACCCACCAUCACCAUGACACCGCUCAACGGACAGUCUCUUGAUACAAUGACGUUUGUUGCUCAGCGUGUUGGUUUCGUUCAGGUUAACUCCACGGGUGGUUUGAAUGGGCUGUUCGACUGGAACCCAACAAAGACUACUAUUGAUGCUAACGAGUUCGAGUCUUCGCCCUUCCACAAACUUGGCUCAUCUCUUGGGCCCUCUACCACUGUCGUUGCACUAGCAGCUGCUGGCGAUGUGACCUUCGUGGGUGGUAGCUUCAAAGGUGACGGAGCACAAAACAUCGUUGGUGUCAGCUCCGGCAACAAUGCCGGCGCUCAAUCCUUAUCUGGCGGCCUCAACGGUCCCGUGGCGACCAUGGCUCUGACUGGCACCAAGCUAUAUGUCGGCGGCAGCUUCUCGGCCACUCAGGAUAACUCAGUCAACAACCUCGACAAUGUAGCCGUUCUGGACACUGCCACUAGAACAUGGACAGCUCUCGGCGGCGGAGUUGAGGGCAAUGUUCGAAACGCCGUUUUAAUGACAAUGAACAUUACCGAAGCAUCCGACGAGACCGUGGUCGCCUUCAGCGGUUCGUUCCGACAGCUCCGGUCUUUUGACGGCAACCCUGCCGUACCUGUGAAUGGCUUUGCCGUCUGGGUGCCAUCGAAGCGGAACUGGUUGAACAAUCUCGAUGGAGUCGAGGCUAUCGAUGGCCUUCUUUCGUCCUCGAUCUUGGAUGUACCUGGGGACGGCAACUUUUACGCCGGCACUGUGUCUUCGGCCUCACUUAGUGCACACGGAGCCGCAACUUUAUUCGGUAACUCAGUUGGCCGGUUUCCUGCCAAGAUACAGUCCAGUGCGGCAUCUUCAUCGACAUCGAACCUCAGCAAACGAGAUUCGUCUCUCAACAGCGGGUCAUCUGGUGUAAAUGCUGGCGCCUUUUAUGGAAACGACGGCAGGAACAUGACGGUGCUGGCAGGGCAUUUCACAGCCACGGCGACAGAUGGCAACACUGUCCAUAACAUUGUCAUCGUCGAUGGCGGGGACAAGGAUACUGUCACAGGUCUGAGCCAGCUCUCAGAUAACUCUACCUUUAGGGCCGUAGCGGUUCAGGGAGACACCCUUUUUGCGGGCGGCAACGUUACCGGCAACGUCAACGGCGUAACUGUGAGCGGACUGAUCUCGUACAACUUGGCUAGCAAGACCUACAACACUCAACCGCCAGCACUUUCCGGAGGUAACUCUACGGUACAGACAAUCGUCGCUCGUCCCGAGUCUUCAGACGUAUACGUUGGAGGUUCCUUCACUUUGGCGGGUUCUCUAGGAUGUCCCGGUGUCUGCUACUACAGUGCUUCGUCUGGAGUCUGGAACCGACCGGGCUCCAACCUCGAAGGAUCAGUUCACAGUUUAUUGUGGACGAGCAACUCCGUCCUCGUGGCCGGCGGCAACAUGACAGUCAACGACACGAUAAAGACGAACCUUGCCCGAUACAACACUGGUUCUAGCAGCUGGGACGCCUUCCCCGGAGCCGAUCAGCUUCCCGGUCCGGUGGAGGUCUUGACACCAGCAUCGAGGGAUGGCGAUCAAAUCUGGGCUUCUGGAACGUCGACGACCAACGGCUUGGUUUAUAUAAUGAAGUAUGACGGGUCUAAGUGGAUCGAAGCACCCCCUCUGGGCCCAGGAUCGGUUGUUCGCAGUCUCCAAGUGUUCACAUUGACAUCCGACCACGACGGCACCGACAUCGUCUUAUCCAACCAGGCACUCAUGCUCACUGGAUCCAUCCGGAUUCCCAACUUUGGAUCCGCAUCGGCCGCUCUCUUUGAUGGAACAUCUUACCAAGCCUACGCCCUUACCACCUCGAGUGAUCGCACUCCAGGGUCAAUCUCUCGCGUCUUUGUGGAGAAAUCCCAAUUCUUCACUUCAAGCGAGGGUGGACGUCUUCCCUUGGUUGCCAUUGUUUUGAUCGGUCUCGGAAUUUCCCUGGUGCUCAUGCUUCUCAUCGUCCUCGCUGGUCUGUUCAUGGACCGUCUUAGAAAGAAGCGCGAGGGUUACGUACCGGCACCUACCUCGAUGUAUGACAGAGGAAGUGGGAUCCAAAGGAUUCCGCCGGGAGAAUUGCUGUCGAGUCUAAACCAAGGCCGACCUGGUGCGCCUACAAUAUGACGCACGUAGAGAGGCGAUGCAGUGUACAUGAUGGAUGUCGUGAGUUCACGACCAUACACAUUGGGGGCUUUCGGCGUUCUGCGGGCAUAUGCAUUUCGAGCGAAGCUUUCCAUCAAACCCAUUCCGCGGCAACCAACCGAUUUCGGACCCAAGGGCUUUCUCGUUGAUUGCGGAAGCACUAGGCUUCAGGCAUAGAGGAAACUUCGUUGAGUUUUCAGGUCGUAGGGGUUGUGGCCCUACUUUGAUACCCCCUCUGGCUCAAACAACGAGCCAGCUGGACCUUUUCCAGGGCCGCAUAAUGCACAUUCGCAGGCAGUCAUCAGGAGUUGAGGCUUGGCUUGGACAUUAUUGAAAUUGUCCAUUUUUCCAGCCUAUGCAUACAGAGCAUUGUACUUUUGUUCUUUUCUUUCUUUCUCUUCUUUUUUUUUUCCAAUUUCUACUACGACUCACGACCAUGUAUGUCGGUAAUGUUUACCUGUCUAUUUUUGGCCCGAAAAACGGCCGCCAUAUACAAAAGACACUCUUCGCCAGCCGACUUUUUUUUGUCACCUCCACCUUUCCAUACUUACAUACGCAAUGUACAUUAUCCUCCAUACAACCGACUUCUUGGUCUGUGUGAACCCUUCGGCUUACUUUUCUAUUUCCUCCUGUUUCUGCCUACCUGCGACUUGAUUGCGGAGUUGAAAAAAAAAACCACCAUCGUCAUCUUGUUUCCUUUCUUUCUUGAAACUCAUUUCCUGUGUUUCUUUUCUCGCCAUGGCAUACAGCCGGCGGCGAUGUACUGUGCUGCGCUGCGGUCUAUUUCAUUUGUCAAGAGUGCGCAACGGGUUGUAAUGUUCGAUCUUGUUGCGGAGGCUUGCUGCGCGUUACCAACGACGCUUGCAUAGGGAAAGGGAAUGGACACGCCAAAAUGGUGAGAAUUACCAAAGAUCUUCUGGGUUUCUUUAUUGUGACAAGCCGCAGUUGUGGAUGAAAUCCUCCAACCUGGCAAUAGACUGAACCUCAGAUAAAAGAUUGAGGGGGGAAGGUAGAUAGAUAUCAAUAAUGGGACAGAUCAACAGUCUCUUAAAAUUUUAUUGGAAGCGAUUAGAGUUUGAAAUUAUCACUACGAAGCCUUGCUUGGAUUGUUAGACUAGCGAGCUGUUGCGUGCUGAUCAACGGCAUGUUUUCUUUUCAGAAUGAUAAAUAGGACCCAA